AUGGGUUGGUUAGGAUCUCUGGUAGUGAUAAUUUUGACUUCCAUUGUGGGGAUAGUUUGGUACUUUGUGCAUCUGAUAGCACAAGGUUUUACAGUGUAGUAUAAGGAUGAAUAAGACUUUGUAAGUGAUCAACUUAGAGGACUCUUGGGAGUCGACGAUAUUUAGCCUAGUUCCUAUAGGCCAACAGUAGAACCAGAAUAUUUAUCAGGAAUUGUGGAUUUAAUUGAAACAUCAAUAAAUGGAUUGUGGUUAGCACAAUUUUUGUAUAUGAUUCUACUCUUAUUUCUAUUCUUUUUGGUUGUGGACAUCUGGUUCAUAGAAUAUCCAUUCUCAUUUAUAUUCAAUGCAAUUAUUGGCGCUACGAUUGUGAUGCUAUUUGCAUAUUAUGUCACUGCAACAAAUAGUAAAUCCUUGACUAGAGCACUGAUACAAUCACAAUUUUCAAAGGAGGAGAGCUUUGGAUACAUGUAUUAAUGCGGCUUUGCAAUUGUGAGUCUAUUGUUCAGUUUACUAUUCGGAAUGUAUGUCUUAAUGUAUUACUUCAAUGUGGCUGUUUGGGGAGGCGACAUGAAGAAGGAAGAAUAUGAGAAGGUAUCAAUAUUGAUGAUUGGGUUCUUGAUGGGAAUGAUACUCGGAGGAUUUAUAUAUAGAGAAGGCAUAUCGAUGAUGUGUAGAUCAAUGAAGACUGCUUCGUUUGGCUUAAUAAGAGCUGACUUAAAUUUGAGUGUUGGCAACAACAAUAUCUCAUAAUUGACUAGAUUGGCAUACAUGGUAUCUUAAUAAGCAGGAAACACAAUUGUCAACUUUUUAGACACAGGAUUUGUACUGGUGUUCUUAUGUUGUGCUGUUUCAUAAAUUGCUAUCAAUAGUCCUGAAGUAUUGGAUAGCAAAAACAGAAGUGCCUUUAUUUUGGGACCCAUCUAUUUGGUUUGUAUUGGAUAUUUGGGAUCUAUUGUAUGUUACUUUUUAAAAACAAUGUGUGCAGACCAAGAGACUGGGUCAUUUGCUGCACUUAAUGUGAGAUGGUAAGUCAUUAUAGCUGCUUUGAUUUCAUUCAUCAUUCAUGUUUCAUUCCCAUUUUCAUUUCUAAUUGAUAAAUUUACACUCAAGGGCGAAAAUACAAAGGAUAUAGAUUUUGAAGGCAAAUCCGAUAUGCAUGCUUGUUGGUGUUAUUUGUUAGGAUUGAUCUUCAAUGUACUUCAUAUCAGUUUGUUUGAGUGGUAUACAUCUCAUGGAUGCCCUAAUGUCAGAAAUAUGGGAUUAGCAACAAGUGAUCGUAUAUUGCCAAUGAAUUUGAUCUACUCAAACUAUUUGGGAGAUUUGUUUUCUGCUAUUCCAACUAUCUUGAUGUUCCUAUUGAUAUCAAUAGUCUAUUCAAUUGAAGGAUUUGCUGGAUUGCUAUUUGCAGCUUCCGGUUACAUCUCUUUAUUUAUUAUCUAUGGAGUCAUUUUCUUUAUAGGUUGCAACUCCUCUGAUUCUUAUAAAUUAACAUGUUUUGCUCACUUCAUAUCAGAUGUGUAAGGCAAAAUCUUUUAGAUCUAUUGGGAAGCCAAAAAUUACAUGGUCUUCCUCAAAGCCACCAAUGCAGGAACAGCAUUCCUUGUAUCCAUUGGAAUUAUUGGUGCUCAACUCUAUUAAUAUCCAACUGCAUUGAAUUCAUUGUUUGUAAAAAAUGAAGGAUUUUUGGGAUUGUUCAUUGGUUUCAGUAUUAUGUUUGUAUGUAGAGGCAUCAACAUUUGGGGAAUUAUAAAUGUUGCGAAAAGCUAUUUCAUUUUCUAACCAUCUAAUGAAGCAGAAGGAAAACUCAAUUACUUGAAAGACAUAAGAAUUAUUGAAUUUACUAAAUUCAAAUAUACUCACAGUAUGUUGUACGUUGCUUAUAACAUUUUGUUUGUCACAAUAAUGAUUUUGAUGUUUGGAUCGAUUUUGGGCCAUGCUGGGAGUGUGGCCAUUAUGAUUGGAGCUUGCAUUGCUACAUUCCUCAUUUAAUACACUGGUUUGAUAAAGGGAACUACUUUGGAAAACUCAAGAGUGUAUAAUGAAAUAUAGGACAAUAGGAAGGAUCAUCACUAUUUGAUGUAUGUGUCUGGAGACACAUAUGCUUGUGCCACUGAGGAAAGCAAUGCUUGUCCGUUGCUUCCCUAUCUGAUUUAUGUUUUCUGUUUACUAAUUUCAUGUCAAAAACAUUUUGCAAAGGCAGAAAAAUGA